AAGGAAAAGAAAAAGUUAUAAUUUUAUUUAUUUUUCCAUUUUCCAUUUCCCCUUUUUCUCCACCGCUUUGUACGUAGGCUGUUACUGUUCGUCUCCUCCACCUGUCAGCCUGUCCGUCGUCUUUCUUCACACGCAAAAAAGCUCGCGCGCACACACUCACACACAGUUGUGCGUUUGAUCGCAGUCUUAUGUGGUGUUCUUCUUUUUCUUUUUUUGGGAUUUGUUAUACGAAUAUAAUAUAGAAGCACACAGGAGAUUUUAGCCGAGGUGAUUUGAGGCGAUAUAGAAAAGGCAGAGGUUUAAUUUCAGCUGGAGGAAACUCAAAUCUCCACAUCUCACUUUGUGUCUCGGAUUAAUCGAAUCAUUAGCUUGAUAUCGAAGCCUUGGUAUAUGGUGAGCUUCUGCCGAACUGCUCGAACUCCAUAGCUACCUAUGAAAGAAUCCACGUCAUGGAGGUGGAUGAUGAAGAAAAGACAUUUCUUAUUUGAUGGGCUAGCAUGUGGGGCGAAGAUGACACAGCUUCCGUUUAUGGUAUUUGUCUGUACAGUAAUGUUGUUCAUCAUAUAUCGGACAACAAAUUACCAGUAUCAACAGACUGAGAUGGACUCGAAAUUGUACCCUUUUUAUACAUCAAAGGACCCGGGCAUGGUUACCACUGGCUUGAAUGGCCUGCCACGUGGAAUCAUUGAAGCAAAAUCGGACCUUGAAUUGAAGCCUUUAUGGAGUAGUUCUAAAUCAAAGAAAAGUGUGCGGAGCUCUUACAAUUUGCUUGCGAUGCCUGUUGGAAUUAAACAAAAGAAGAAUGUCAAUGCCGUUGUUCAAAAGUUUCUUUCAGAAAAUUUUACAAUCGUUUUGUUCCAUUAUGAUGGGAACUUGAAUGGUUGGUCAGACCUGAAGUGGAGUAGUGAAGCUGUACAUAUAGUAGCUCACAACCAAACAAAAUGGUGGUUUGCAAAGCGCUUUUUGCAUCCAGCUGUUGUCUCUAGUUAUGAUUACAUAUUCCUCUGGGACGAAGAUUUGGGGGUUGAAAAUUUCCACCCUGGAAGGUAUCUGGAGAUUAUAAAAUCAGCUGGACUAGAAAUAUCUCAGCCAGCUUUAGAUCCGAAUUCUACAGGUAUACAUCACAGGAUCACAAUUAGAAACCGAAUGAAGAUAUUCCAUAGAAGGGUCUAUGAAGCCAGAGGAAGUACCAAGUGUUCAGAUGAUAGUGAAGGGCCACCAUGCACUGGCUUUNGAUUUGUGGAAGGAAUGGCUCCUGUAUUUUCCAGGUCAGCGUGGCAGUGUGCCUGGCAUUUGAUACAGAAUGAUCUUGUUCAUGGAUGGGGCAUGGACAUGAAACUCGGUUACUGUGCACAGGGGGAUCGCACGAAAAAGGUAGGUGUAGUUGAUAGUGAAUUCGUCGUUCAUCAGAGUAUUCAAACUUUGGGUGGGCCAUCUGCAAAGAAGAGGCACACCAUAGAUGUUAGAUCAGAGAUUAGGAGACAAUCGACAAUAGAGCUUCAAACAUUUAAGCAACGAUGGGAACAGGCUGUGAAGGAGGACAGCAAAUGGGUCGACCCGUUUCCUUCGACCCGUAAACAAAGGCUUAGAAGAAGGCGAGGCCAUAAACGUAACGUGUCCAAGUUUUAG